AUGCACUCAAGUUCUGGCACUGCCAGUGUCACUGCCAUUGAUGAAGAGUUUGAUGAGUCUUUUGCUCGGCUUAUAGAACGUUUCCAAGACAAGCUGUCUGACGAAACAGUGAUGAAUGUGCUUCUUGAAUGCAAUGGUCAGGAACAUGAAGCAUCACAAAGGCUGCUAAAAAUACAAUCUGAUUGUCUGCCAUUGCAACAAAGCAGAUUGCGCUCUCCAAGAAAUACACCACUCAAACAUCGACAGUUGCUCCGUAUGACAAACUACUUUGAAAGUCGCAGUAAGCAGUCAAGUCCUUCUGAUAUACCACCACCAAUGCCAGAAUUGACUCAAUUUAAUCAUACCAGUAGCAACCAUUCUUGUAAAAAUGCCAUGCAGGUACUAAUUCAAAACAGCAUCAAACUCGAGUCCGAAGAUUCGGACAAAAUAAACUCGCAGCCACCCAUUUUACUUACUCCAGAAACUUUGGCUGUCCACACUCCAUGUGAAAUGUUUAUGGACAUUCUGCCCUUGAGCGAUGCAAAUGCACUUUUACAACAAAUGGUUGUAGAAUCCAAAACAUGGAACCCAUUGUCUGUGGUGGUUGUGGGGAAACUGCUUCAAUCAUCUCACAAUACUUGCCUGUAUACCGAUCAUGAGAUACUCGGCGAUAUGCCACUUUAUUAUUCUGGAGUCAAGUCUGAGCCGCGUGACUGGUUACCGAGUAUGCGUCUAGCUGCAAAAAUCAUUGAAGAGAAAGUGAAUUGUGCAUAUGAAAAACGAGAGCGAGCUGCUCUUGAACUACAAGGCCGAUGGGUGCCAGGUAUUGCCAUAGCUAACUCGUAUCACACACGGCAUGAAUUUACUGGAAUGCAUACAGAUAGGCUUACGUAUAUUGGUCCACGACCUGUGAUUGCCUCGCUGACUCUUGGUGCAGCUCGUGUAUUUAGAGUGAGGCGAUUACGCAAUACUGGAAUGCCCUCACAAACAUAUGAUAUUCUUUUACCACACAAUUCAUUGCUGAUCAUGUGGCCACCCAUGCAGGAAUGUUUUAAACAUGAAUUACCGCCAGUAUCCGAGAGUCUUGUACGUCGUACUGGAACGCUUAUUUCGCAUCCGCUCAGUGGAGAUACACGCAUAAAUUUAACUUUUCGCAUGGUAAGACGAGAUGUGGUAGAACAAAUACCGAUUUGCAAGUGCGGUUCACCAGCUGAAAUGCGGUGCGUGAUCAAAAAGAUGGAUGCUCGUGGACAGUACUUUUGGAUAUGCAGUGGUGGGCUUGGACCCAAUGUGAUAGAUGGGACUAUACGCCAAUGCGGAUUUUUCAAAUGGUUUUAA